CCCUCUCUUCUUCUUCCCAAAUCCCCACUACUAUAAUACACUAAACAUACAGUAAACAAAGACAUUGAAUUCGAUCUAUCUAAUGCGAACUCUUCUUCUUCUAGCCGCCGCCGCUGUCUUUGAUUCACUACAAACGCUGCUAUGAGCGACUCGCAAGUGUCUUCCUCAGCGUCCUCUUCUUCGUCCUCAUUUGACGAUGCUGCCUCACGGCCGCCGAAUGGUGUGGGGAAUCAUACUAGGGCUGAAGGGAACCAUUCUCCAGGAUUCACUCCACAAACUUCACGCCAUUGGCGAGAUGUGUUCUGGUUGGUGAUAUUUCUUUUGCAUUUGAUAGUGGUUGGUAUGGCACUUGGAGUAUUUGGGCUUAAUAGGUUUAGGGAAAAGGAUAGGCUGAAGAUUGAUAGAUAUACCAUGCCAUUUCUUGACAAUCGUGAGGGUCUGACAGAGGAUUAUUGGCCUUUGUAUGCUGUUGCUGCUGGUGUCGGGACUGCCCUUGGUUGGGCUUGGCUGUUGUUACUUGGUUCACAGGCAAAUCAGAUGAUGAAAUUCUCAGUGCACAUCUUGACUACAUAUCUUGCGGUGAUCAGUGUGUUGUGUUUCUGGUGGACACAGAUCUUUUGGGGUAUUGCCUUUGCCAUUGGAGCAGCUUUGCAGUUCUUGUAUGUCAUAUCAGUAAUAGACAGACUUCCGUUUACCAUGCUAGUGCUACAAAAAGCUGUGAAGAUGGUGUGGAGCCUUCCUGAAGUUAUGGGAGUAUCAUGUGUCUUUAUGGUUGUCAUGCUUUCAUGGUUAGUACUAUGGUCAUUUGGAGUAGCUGGUAUUGUGGCUUUAAGCAUUGGUGAUAGUGGACGUUGGUGGCUACUUGUGGUUUUCUGUGUGAGUUUAUUUUGGACAGGUGCAGUUUUUUGUAACAUUAUUCAUGUUAUAGUGUCUGGGAUGGUCUUUUUUGUUUUAUACCAUGGUGGUCGAGCAGAAGCAUCAAUGCCUCCUAAACCACUGUUGAAUUCUCUGAGGUAUGCUGUCACCACUUCUUUUGGCAGCAUCUGCUAUGGAUCACUUUUUACGGCUGCUAUCCGGGCACUGCGAUGGAAGAUCAGAGGAGUAAGGUCAAAGAUUGGUAACAAUGAGUGUUUGCUUUGUUGUGUGGACUUCCUCUUCCAUUUGGUGGAGACUCUAGUCCGUUUCUUCAAUAAAUAUGCUUACGUUCAGAUUGCUGUUUAUGGUAAAAACUUUAACCACUCAGCGAAAGAUGCAUGGGAGCUGUUCCAAUCCACUGGUGUUGAAGCGCUUAUUGCUUAUGACUGCUCUGGUGCUGUACUACUAAUGGGCACUCUUCUGGGUGGGCUGAUUUCUGGAACUUGUGCUGGAGUUUGGACCAGAAUCAAGCAUCCUGACAGAGUUAUGAUGGUGGGUUCUACUGCCAUGUUGAUUGGGAUGAUCUUGGUUGGAUUAGCAACUGUAGUAGUGGAAAGUGCAGUUACGGCCAUAUAUAUCUGCUAUGCGGAAGACCCUUCGUUAGUACGUAGAUGGGAUGCGGAGUUUUUCAACAAGAUGUCGGAGACGCUACACCAGCGUUUGCAACACAGAAGCGCACGGGCAAGACAAGUAUUGACUAAUAGAUUCGAUAGCCAAAUGCAGGAAGCAGUACCUAUCUGAAUUUCCGGGGUGCACAAAAUCCAAAUAUGAAGUAACUGUCAAUAUAUAGGCCCAUAUAUCCAGUUGUCAAUUUUGUGCUUUUAACGUAUUUGGUUUGGUUUUCUUUUGAUAUAGGCUUCCUGUUUGUAAAGAACAAGAGAUGUAAGAUUGUUAUUGGCUGUUCUAUGGCCAACCUUUGGUAUGAUGACAACAAAGAUUAUUCUGCGAUG